AUGAAAAAGGCGAGAAUUACAAAUAGAAACAAAAUUUUCAACCAAGCUAAAAUUAAAUUCGCCACAGAUGCUCGUCAGCCAAAUGAUCCUAGCUGCGAAGCAGAAGUUCCUCAUUCUCUUUCUGAAAGUCCACGUGCAGAUACCAUCUCUGAUAUGCCAAGAUCCAUAAUUGUAGAAUCGUUCAAAAAAUUCUUAAAUGAUAAGCAAGAAAAAUUCAAUUCUGAUAAAAAAGAAAUUAUAAAACGAAAUAAUGACUAUAGCAAAAGCAGUGAGGAACAUUUAAAUAGAGGUCUCAAAAUAAUUGAUGAUAAAUUAUUCAUUAUAGAAAAUGCUUUACUUGAUCUUGAUGAUCUGAAUAAAAUGAAAGAAACCAAUAAGAAGCUUUACGAAGCGCUUUUGAACUCUGAUCCAGAAGCAGCAAUAAAUAAAAUUAAUGCAGACCUAUAUAAAGUCUCAGAGAGCGAAAAUAUCACAGACUUGUUUUAUCCAAGAAAUGACAUAGGAACCAUGAUGGAUACAAAAGAAAUCCAAGAGCUUAUAAAUGCCUUAUAUUCAAAUCUAGAAGACAUGGAAAGACGCAUGUUAGGAAUGCCCUAUUUGGUUAAAAAUAUGUUAGCUAAUAUCAUUGAUGAAAAAUAUAAUGAUCAAAGAACAGUAAUAUUAUCAUCAUAUGAAGGAGCAGAAAAAAAUUAG